AUGUCUCGCUGCUUUCCAUUUCCUCCUCCAGGAUAUGAAAAGAAAGUUGGAAUCAAUGAUAUAGACUUACUUGCAAAGGAGAAGCACAAGGAGAAAAAGCAUAAAAAGGAUAAGAAGGAUAAGAAGGACAAAGAGAAAAGAGACGGUAAAGAGAAAAAGGACAAAGACAGAAGUAAAGAAAAACAUGGUGAAAGGAAAGACAGAAAAGAAAAGCACAAAGACAAGAAGGAAAGGGGUGGGGAUAAUGGGAUUACUUGGACAUCAGAAGAGAAGAGAAUUGAAGGGCAGUCAGAGUCUUAUAAUGGACAGAAUCAUGUUCCAAACGGAUUCCAUAAUGUUGACAUCAAGGAUUAUAAAUACGUGCAGGAAUUGGAUCGGAGAUGUAGGAAUGAUGACAGAGCUACUGGGAGUCAGGUGGUUCAGAAGAUUUUGGUUGCUGAUCAAAGAUCUUUGUUGUCAAAUCAGUCCAGAGAAAAAGAGAGAAUUAAGGAUAAGAAAGAAGUGGAUAGGACUGUCAAUGCACAAAGAAACCAUAUCGAGGGAAAAACUGUUCAACAUGUCCCGAGCAUUGACCAAAGAAGACUUGAAGGCAUUACUAAGCCAAUUGAGAAGCAACUGGAAGUCUAUAGGAAUAGUGAAAGAGCAACAGGAAGUCCGGUUGUUCAGAAGAUUAUGGUUUCUGAUCAAAAACCUUUGUUGUCAACUCAGUCCAGAGAAAAAGAGAGAAUUAAGGAUAAGAAAGAAGAUGAUAGGAUUGCCAAUGCACAAAGAAACCAUGUCGAGGGAAAAUGUUCAGCGGAGGCAUUUUUUGAAAACUUCCCUAGCAUUGAGCAAAGAAGACUUGAAGGCAUUGCUAAGCCAAUUGAGAAGGAUGUUGAGAAGCAGAUGGAGGGAAGAGAUCGGAAGAAAAACACAGAUAAUGACAGUAAAGGUCAUAAACCCAAGGAGAGAGAUAAAGAGAAGAAAGUUAAAUCGAAGGAUAAGGACAAGGAUAAGAAGAAAGAGAAGAAGGAGAAGGUGAAGGAGAUAAGCAAACCAUCCGAUGAACAGCCUAAACUAGAAGGAAAUGGCAAGGAAUCCCUAGAUGCUUUCAGUAAUAAAGCAUUAAACCUUUUACAGAUGAAUAGCAAGAAAUCUGCUGCUGGGGGAAUUCUUGGCAAACGCAAGGAACUUGAGAUGAAUGGAUAUUUACAUGAAAAUGGAUUUCUGCCUCAUAAGUUGUCAAGAUCUGUUUCUUCUCACCCAGUAGUGGAAAAUGGGAGGAAAUCAGAACCAAGCCAAACUGUUCUCCAGUUUUUAUCAGAGGGACAGGGGGCAGCCAGCGAUUGUAAAGCAGAUAUCAAGGAACACAGAAUUAAUGGUUUGAGAGGACCUGAACAACUCAAUGCAUUCUCAACAAAGCCAUCAUCUUCUCGUGUUAAAGUUAAUGAGAAUGGUGGAGCAUCUGCAAAACCACAUCCUGAUUCCAAGUAUCUGAGUGAGAUACUUUCCAUUCCCAAGAUGGCGGAUGAGUCCAAUCUUGACGAUCAGGAAUGGCUGCUCGGCGGCAAUGGUUCAGGGUCAAAGAAACCCAAAGUGGGAUCCCCUGAGAUUGAAAUGACUCCCCAAGUAUGGGCAGAAGCUAUGCAAAUAGAGUCUCUGGAUGUUUAUGCUCUGCCAUAUGUCAUCCCAUACUGA